UUUCUCGUGGCAAAAAAAAAUCUUUUUGCUUCCCGCACUCUUCAUCUUUGCUCUGUCUUCCAUAUACCCUUUCAGUAUCCUGUUCUUAUAUCCAAAAAAAAAAAAAAAGGGGGGGAAAAAACGGUCUGCCUUUUCCCAGUCGUCUCUUUCCAUCUCAAAGCCCUAACAGCACCAGUGUGAGAUACCUUCUCUCCUCUCCUUUUCUCUCCUCUCACAUUCGCUCGCACAGAACCCCCUUCGCACAGACCCUCACUAUCUCUCUCUUGCUCUCGCUCUUGCGUUAUCCUCACAGUCUGUCUGUAGCAGCGGUAGCGGCGGCGACUUCCCACUGGUUCUCCAUCCGGCAUCCAGGUGCUGAAUGCCAGCAAAAAUAAGCUUAAAUCAAUGGAUGAGGUCAGAUCUCUUUUGAGCUUACGUGCAUUGAUCUUGAAUGAUAAUGAGAUUGUUUCCAUUUGCAGGCUUGAUCAAUUGAAAGAAUUGAACACUUUAGUUCUUUCUAGAAAUCCAAUCAAUAAACUUGGAGAGUCUCUAGUCAAGGUGAAAUCAAUCACGAAGCUCUCUCUAUCUAAUUGCCAACUUCAAGCCAUUGAUUCACUAAAGUCAUGCACUGAGUUGAAAGAGCUUCGACUUGCUCACAAUGAUACCAAGGUUAAACCGUCGCAAAAAUCAUUGAUUAGCCGUCGCUAUAAGAACGCAACGGUUUGUAAUUGUUGCAAAUACUUUUUGUCACAUCCCUUUCCGCCGCCACUCAUUUCCCAUUGCUGUUCCGUUGCAAGACUUUUUGUGACAAUAUAUGAAUCUUUUGCAACGUUUGAGACCAUUGCAAAAAGUCCGGGUAUUUAGUAGCGUAAGAAAAAUGGUGAAGGAUUUGUCGUGCCCCGUCGUGCCCUCAAUUGAAAUAUUGUUCGCCUAAUUGGUCAUGUUCUUCUUGAGUUCCAUCAUUGAAUUCCUAAGUUGUUGAGGCUCUUCUUGAGCUCGUGCAACCCAAGCUCGUCUAUUGGAGCUUCCCACCAACAGUCUUUGGCUAGCUUUUCUCGCAUGUUCUAGGGUUUCACCAUGUCGUUUCUCGACCUCUAAUUCAUUGAGAAUUUGGGUAAGUUAUAAGUUAAGCUUGGGCAUGCUAGCAUUACGAUGAGCCUUAAUGAUGUGGCUUGUGGUGGUGUUUGGUGGAAGGUUUCGAGUCAAGAACUGAUUACGAUGGAAUCCACAUUAGGGUGGCCGAAAGAGAAGACCUUACCAGCAGGAGAGAAAACUUUGAUAGUAAUCUCUACGCCAUAAAGUGUGCAAAAUUCACUUGACUUUAUAAAAAGUCCAGAGCGACGUUUUGAAAAUGUGACUUGCAAGUGAUUUUUUCUCUAUUUUCGCGAUUUUGAUCUUUAGGCAACCCAUGCUUGGUUUCUUUGCCAUUGCUAAAAUAUUGAAGAAUUUUUCUCUUCCCACGAAAGAGAAAAUAAAAAUUCACAUUUACCAAGGAUAUGUUUAGAUGAGACGAAAGCAAUUUAAAGGGACUUGAAAUUUACUCAUAAUGCUGGCCAAUAUGAUUGUGUUUUCA